UGUAAGCAUCAUACGUGUCACAUGACUGUCCAAGAUGGCCACGAUUGACAUCCGAUUGAAAAAAGUCAAUAAAACUUAUCGUGAAGGGGAUGUAGUUGCCGGUAUUAUAAUCGUAGAGAGUAGAGGAGUAUUACAACAUCAGGGUUUAACAUUAUCUAUGGAUGGUAAUGUUAAUCUACAACUUAGUGCUAAAAGUGUUGGCAUGUUUGAAGCCUUUUACAACUCUUUAAAGCCUAUUCCACUUAUAAAUUAUUCCCUAGAAGUUGUGAAACCAGGAAAAUUACCCAAUGGUAAAACAGAAAUACCCUUUGAAGUUCCCUUAAAACCAAUCGUGGGAAAAACUUUAUAUGAAACUUAUCAUGGCGUUUUUGUCAAUGUGCAAUAUAAUGUUAAAGUUGAUAUGAAGAGAAGUUUAUUAAAUAAAGAUUUACAGAAACAGUGUGAAUUUAUAGUAGAAUAUAAGGCACAAGAAGAGAAAGCAAUUUCCAAACCAGUAAAUUUCACAAUAACUCCAGAAACAUUAUCCAAUAUUAAAGAGAAACAAAAUGUUCCGAAAUUUAAAGUGAAAGGAAAGUUAGAUUCUUCUAAUAUACAGAUUAACUCGCCAUUAACUGGGGAGUUAGUUGUGGAAAAUUGUAGUAGAGGUAUUAAAUCCAUUGAAAUACAGUUAGUUAGAGUUGAAACUUGUGGCUGUGCAGAAGGAUAUGCUAAAGAUGCUACAGAGAUACAGAAUAUACAAAUAGCAGAUGGUGAUAUAAGUAGAAAUUUAGCUAUACCUAUAUAUAUGAUAUUUCCUAGAUUAUUUACAUGUCCUACUUUAACAACAAAUAACUUUAAAGUUGAAUUUGAGAUUAAUAUUGUAAUGGUUUUCCAAGAUGAUCAUUUAGUUACAGAAAAUUUCCCAAUUAAAUUGACUCGUUUUUAAUGGAGGUUUGCUGGUCAAAUGAUGGAUUCAUUUCAUAACCUUUGCUCAUUGUAAAUAUAAAUAAUCUUAUAUUUAUCAUCACUGUUAUCAAAAUUUGAAUAUAAUUAUUAUAAAGCUUAUUGUUGUAUUAAAGGUUUUUUUUUAACUGUC